UGUCGAUUUCAACUCUGCAAAUGAUAAGCAAGUGACUACUGAUGUCCGCGAGACUACAAUGAAAUGGAAUGGUCUUUUACGUGACUUAAUGCACAUUGACAAGUCAUAGAGUCACCUCACUCAUCUCGCGACAGAAAAUAUGGAGUACCAUUCUAGUAAAGCAGCAAACGGAGUGUGGAUCGCUUGUAUGUGGCUGGCCUUGGCGACAAGAUUGACAGUACUGGCUGCCAACAACAACUGUUUUGACUGGAAAGGCAACAAGGUAGAGAAUGGGGAGAAGUUCACCCCGAACAACGAGGACCCCUGUAUGAAGUGUACCUGCCACAAGGGCUUCCCCAUCAUGUGCCAGGACGUGGUGUGCCACCCCCCGGAACACAAGUGUGUCACCCUCAUCAAGGUGGAGGAAGAGUGCUGUGAGUACCAGUGUCUGGACCCUCCCCGGUCCAAUCCCGACCUCCCCGGCAUGGACAACAGCACCAUUGGCAAUGGCGGCACAGUAGAGGAUGACAGCAUCACCAACCUGGGGCUCCGUCUGGUGGCCAGCACUGUCACCUCCUUCCUCGUCCUGGCGCUGCUGCUCUUCAUGGUGCACCGACUCAGGCAGAGACGGCUCCUUCUGGCAAUGAGACGGUUCGAGGCACAAUCACGGCGGCAGCAGCUGGAUGAGAGUGAUUCGGACCCCUACAUCCCUGAUACCUACUUUGGCAUGAUUGAAUGUCCCCCCUAUGAAGACCCGCCUCCUCCGUACUCCUCCCCCAAACCAAACCCACACAUCAUGCCUGGGGAGGCCCCACCUCCCUAUGAGGAGGUGGAUCAGAAUCACCAUAGCAACAAUAACAAUAACAACAUCCUGCUCCCAUCUGACACCCAGACCAUCAGCAGCAGAUCUCAGGGUACUCAGGCAAGUAAUCAAUAUGGCCGGACUAGUCCCAGUCAGGACAUAGGAGGAGGAGGAGGACAGCGGACAAGGCGCUCACUUUUUGGGACUGAAAUCACUGACAAUGACCAGAGACAAACCAGUGGUUCUUGUUCUGCUGGCAGAGUUAGAUCUGAGUCCUCAUCACAGAGGGGACCCAGUGUGGAGGCAAGUGGUCGUGAACCUGCUGCAUAUCACAGUAACUCUCUUGGCCGAGUGUCCAACAGCACAGACAGCACUGAGUCACACAACUGCAGCUGUGAUAGUGAGCAGACGCUUCUGAAAAAAGACAGUUUGCCCUGACAAGUCCCACUGGACAAGUCAAACACUGCCUCUUGGCUUCUGCCAGGACAGACUGAAAGGGCGGAAGCUGAGACAAGAUGUCCCAUGUCCCAGGACAUCCCGAAGCUGUCAAGGACAUCUCAAUCCAGGUGCGGACACGUCGUGGAGUCCGGCUAACAGCAGUCAGUCAUUACCUCAAGAAGCAAAUACAUGUAAUCCUGGUCAACAAUAUUCUUCCCUGCCUCCACGGUUACACAACGGACAAAAGGCAGAUUCUGAUGGCUCAGCAAGUGAUGCAGGUAGAACUCUAGCAGCUGCUGCAGCAGCUUAUCAUCCUUUGGCUGAGGAACCACCAGAACCUGUUUUGGACUGCCCUGAGCCACCAAUGGCAACUAGUCAUGGUAUGUCUCAGAGCUGUGUAAUUCUGAGGGAAAACAAGCAUGAUAGGAAUGAUCAGGAACAUCUACGUAAAAGUCUGCCGCCUCUAGAUUUCUCCUCAAACAGUCCCUCGGCAUCUGAAGCUAAUCCUCAGGCUAAAGAUGCUGAGGAUCAAGCAUCAGAAAACCAGCAUAUUAAUAGUAAUGAGUAUCUCAGAAACAUUCGUCUUUCCAAUCUUUUGAACAGUCCAGUGACCUCCUUCGAUGGCCCUGCCUCGCCAGGGUCUCCAGUCACAAGAUCAAUGCGGCGAUCUCAUUCGGUGACCUCGGAUAUUUCAGUAUUUUCAGUUUGUUCAGAAACUGGAGAAAAAAGAUCCAAAGCAGUCGCUGCAGCAGCAGCAGGAAGAGUGUUGAGGAAUGACUCUCAGUAUCCAGACAUCCCAAUAUCUGCUCAUGCCAUGAGGAUGGCCAGUCUCGCCCAACAUGUUGAAGGUCAAGUUCAUCAUGACAGUCGUCCUGAGGGACAGCCGAUGAACGACAGAGGCGAUACCUUUUCGCCGAGUGGGAGGCCUGUAUGUGAUGAGGGAGGAGAGGAGAUGGUGAAGCCAAGGCUGAAUGCUAUAGAGGAAGCUGGAGCUGAUCAAGCUUCAAACUCUGUCACAAUGCAUAAUCCAGCUGUGGAUGCAAUGUCCCCAAAAGUCCACCGAUCUAAGAAAAAGGACAAACAUAAACAGAAUCGUCAUUCCACAGGGAGCGUGAUGCAGGGCAGACCAAAGAAGCAUACCCACUCUUCCUCAGCCCAACUGCCACCUGGGGGAGAGGUGGGCAAGAGAGGUGAGACAGGCACAGGAGCCUCUCCUAGUCACAGGAAGAGAUCUGACAAAGUCCAUGGAUCACCAAGUAGCAAAGCAUCCGGUUCGCCUAGCAACAAACCUGGUACUGGCAAAGGAGACUCUUCGAAAAAGAAGCCUGGAAAACCAGUGUGUGAUUCCUACAAACAAUAUGGUUUCAUUGAUGAUCCCAAUUUUUUACAAUCAAGAAGUGGGAUGGUUGAGUUGAGGUUAGUGGACGCCGAUGACGUUGAAUGUCCUCAGGCUCUGAUAAAGUCAGGAGUUCACAAUGACAAGUCUCAGUCAGGUAGUGAAAAUAAGCAACACAAUGUAGCCCUGGGUAAACCUGGAGGAAAGACACACUUAACAAGUGCUGACAAAAGUUCCUACAGUCCAAGUCCAACUCGACAAAAGUCCUCUCGGCCUCGAUCUUUUGGCCACCUGACAGGCGCUUGUGAAGGAUCCCCCGGCCUAGGUGCGGAACAUUCUCAGCUACCCAUGGUAGGUCAAGGUACGCCGAAACGUAGGUCUCGGAAUGCAACAAAAUCAAAGAAGCGAGUGUCGUAUCCAGUUACAACAGCUGAGGCAUCACAGGAACAAGAAGAUCAAUCAGCCAAUGGUAACCCAGUACCACUUGAAUCAGCCAAUCAAGAAUCAGGUAACCCAGUACCACUUGAAUCAGCCAAUCAAGAAUCAGGUCAAAGGUCUCUACCUUUAGGUCUUAUAACAGUGCGAAAUGGACCUUUAAGUAGCUAUGUAUAGUAAAAGUAGAAUAUUAGUGUAGGUUGACAGUUGUGUAGAAUUCAUUAGCUCACUUGGACCUGUAUCUUCAAUCAUAUCAUAUAUCAUAUUCAUAAAUGUACAUGUCAUUGUGAUGUGUUUCAAGUGAAGAAACACUUGAUGAUUUUACAUCAAAGAUCUUAAAACAACUUGUCUUUUUUAUCACAAAAGCAUUAUACAUAUUCUAUAUUAUGGUUUUAUGUUUUAUACCAUUUAUAGUUUAUUUAAUCAUGUUUUAUGUGGGAGCGAUGCUUUGUUUGAUCAAGGGGAAGUAACUCCAGUUAUCUCCCUUCCUGAUGCCAUGUUUAUUUUACACAAAUUUGUUGCGAAUUUGUCAAAAUAUGUCUCCAUUAUAGAAACCAGUUGAGCUGCAUAAUUUGUGUGCAUGCAGUCUCAUGAAAACAGACCACACCUAAUCAUUGAUUACCGAUUCUGUGUAGCAGCAUUAAACAUUUUAUGCACUUACUUUCUUUUCUCAAAUAAUAACUUGCCAGAGAUUUUGUGGUUUCAGCAAACUGAUCUGUGUGUUAAAUGUUGGUGGACAUCAGUAGAAUCUUUCUGGCAUUGCCCUGUGUUGGAGUUUCUUUCUUCUUAAAUUUGGUAUCAGAUGUAGAUUUUUUUGUUGUGUUUUUGUUGGAUAUUUAAUGUCAGAUAUUUGUGAAGGCAAUCAAAAGUAAUAAGGUGAUAUUUGUGAUUUUGCCUCUCAGAUAUAUCAAAUAUCUCACAAGAUGUAAGGCUGUAUUGUAACAGAUUUAUACAAAACUCUGUAAUGUGAGUCAUGUUGCUAUGGUGAUUUACUGAUGGAGGACCCGCACCUCCUCUCCUAUCGUCCCAUGAUGCCAGGCUGGAUCUGUGACCGACUCGGUGUCGAGAUACAGUGUGCUCCCAGUGUUGUAUCCAUACAUUGGAAAUAUUGAGAUGCACAUGUCAUCAAGUCUUCAGCAUUUUGUCACAGUCAACAUUUCUGAGGUUUGUAUGUUUCUCCAUCACCUGUGAAGACACCUGGACUCCCUUCCUGGCCUGAGUCUGGCAGAAGCCAACAAUGAAUACAACCUACAAACAAUGGUGUUUCUGCCUCAGCCUUGCAGCCAUCUUCUUUAUGUGUUGCUUCAUACAGACAGACUCAGUGGACUUCCAUGAGUUGUUGCACGACAUGCCAGUCUUCAUGAAUGGUUUUAGCCUUGAUAAUUUACCCGAGUUGUUUGUAAAGAUAUUUGGCUUUAGUGAACAUAGAUACGACAAAAUGAGAUUGUAGUACAAGUUUAAAAUGUAAUUGAUGUAUGCAUCAUAUCUUCUUGCUGUGAUUGGUUUUGGCAACAUGCCGCCAGGUAGUCUGUCUUAUCCUGAUGUGACUCAGAUGUCACUGUCACUCUGAUCUCAACAGAUGUCACUCUCAUGUCACUCUCAUGACACUCAGAUGUCAACAGAUGUCACUCUGAUGUCACUCUGAUGUCACACAGAUGUCACACAGAUGUCACUCUCAUGUCACUCUCAUGUCACUCUGAGUCCUGCCAAUCCUGAGCCUUAUUCCUCACAGGCAUCUCAUACCUGUUGUAAGUCAGUGUUAAGGUAUGUGAGUUACGACAACUUAGUACUAGGGUUGUUGUAAGUCAGUGUUAAGGUAUGGGAGUUACGACAACUUAGUGCUAGGGGUGUUGUAAGUCAGUGUUAAAGUAUGGGAGUUACGACAACUUAGUACUAGUAGUGUUGUAAGUCAGUGUUAAAGUAUGGGAGUUACGACAACUUAGUACUAGGGGUGUUGUAAGGCAGUGUUAAAG